AUGGGCGACGAUAGAUACUACACUCUUGCCGAAGGCUGUCCCUUCGCAAACAGCAAGACGGCUGUUCUGAUGCGGGGCAGACAGGGCGGCGGCCUAGGAUUGCUUCAGGAUACCCAGCUCAUUGAGACCCUUGCUCACUUCUCCCGCGAAAGAAUCCCAGAGCGAGUCGUUCACGCCAAAGCUGUCGGAUCCUACGGAGAAUUCGAAGCCACCCGCGACUGUUCCGACUUUACCAGCGCCAGCUUCCUCAACAAGGUCGGAAAGAAGACGCCCGUACUUCAGCGCGUGUCAACGGUCGGGCCGGAGUCCGGAUCUGCUGAUACUUCCCGCGAUGUGCACGGAUGGGCCAUGAAGUUCUAUACCGACGAGGGAAACCAAGAUUUCGUUUUUAACAACACGCCUGUCUUCUUCAUUCGCGAUCCAAUCAAGUUCCCUUCUAUGAACCGCUCUCACAAGCGACACCCUCAAACUCAUCUCCCCGACGCUAAUAUGUUCUGGGAUUUCCACGUGGGCAACCCUGAGGGUAUCCAUCAACUUCUGGUUCUGUUUAGUGACCGCGGGACUCCGAAGUCAGUCCGCUACAUGAACUCAUACAGUGGACAUACAUACAAGUUUACUAAACCCGACGGCUCGUUCAAAUACGCUAAAAUCCACAUCAAAACGAAGCAAGGGAUUGAGAACCUCUCUACCCAAGAAGCUACCAGGAUCGCUGGAGAGGACCCUGACUUUAUGAUUCGCGAUAUGUUCGAGGCUAUCGAAAGGAACGACUAUCCUGUCUGGAACGUCUAUGUCCAACUGAUGAGCCCCGAAGAGGCUGAGAAGUAUAAGUGGAAUAUCUUCGACAUGACUAAGGUUUGGUCUCAUAAGGACUUCCCUCUGCAGCAGAUCGGUCGUCUUACCAUGAACCGCAAUCCGCGAAACUACUUCGCCGAUAUCGAGCAAGCUGCGUUCUCGCCCUCGACAAUGGUUCCCGGAAUUGCUGCGUCCGCAGAUCCAGUGCUGCAAGCACGACUUUUUGCGUACCAAGAUGCAGCCCGCUACCGCCUCGGCGUCAACUACCAGCAACUCCCCACAAACGCCGCAAAGGUGCAAGUCUACUGCCCCUUCCAGCGUGACGGAGCCAUGCGAUUUGAUGAUAACUACGGCGGUGACCCCAACUACGUUGGCUCCUCAAUCAAACCAACAAAGUUCUAUCAAGACGAGAAUGGAAUUAGCGCUUCUGCACUGGCCCUACACACCGAACACGAAAAGUGGGCGGGAGAGGUCUCCGCCUAUACCAGCGAGAUCACUGACGAUGAUUUCAUUCAACCCUCAGCGUUGUGGGAAGUUAUUGGCCGCCAGCCUGGUCACCAGGAUAGAGUCAUUGAGAACCUCUCCGGCAAUAUAAAGGGUGUCAGGUACCCUGAAUUGCGAAAGGCUGUCUACAGCCUCUUCGGACGUGUCAACAAGGACCUCGGGUCCAGAUUGCAGCAGCACACAGAAGCCGCGAUCAAGGCUGCGUAG